AUGGCCCCCUACACGGUAACUUCCACAGCGACAAGUAUUCUAGCCUUGUCGCUAGUCGCGCUGGAUAGCAUACCAGCCAUCCGAAGUAUCGUAACUCGCAUCGCGGGCAACAGUCGCAACUACGAACCCAUCUUGCUAGCCAAGGAUGAAUACCGCGACGAAGACGGCGAGGCAACCGAGGAAUCUCUCCAAGCGUUUUCGGAUAGAUGGCAGAGAAUUACCAUUGCGGUAUUCUCCGCUGCCGGGUUCCUAAUCACGUUAGCGUUGGCUGUUCUUACGACAUUGAUGGGCAACGUUGAGGAUUAUAUCUUGCUGGAAUGGUUGCAGUUCGGCGUGUGGACUUUCCUCGCUAUCCAAUCUAUCGCCUUCUUCACUGAACCCCGACCGACGUACCGCUACGUCCUCGGUGGUUUCGCCUUUGGCGGAAGUAUCAUUGCAAUCGCCGCUCCAUGCGUUGAACUAGGUCUGACCAUCUAUGCACGCCGGGUAAUUCCCUACGACCGGAUCUGGAUCGCCCUCCAAUUAUCACAGAUCGCCUGCGCAUCUCUGCGCGCAUUAUUCUGCGUGUUGAUACCCCGCCGUCCGGAUGUACACCACGAAGACAAAGUGGUCGACCAAGAAUAUUCAGUUUCCGUGCUGAAUCGGUUCUCGUUUAGCUGGGCUGCAGGCUUACUAGACGAUGCCGCGCAGAAAAGUACCCUCAAUCUCGAUGAUAUCCCUAAACUGCCUGCGUCGAAGCGCGCAGGCUUUCUAAAAGAGAAAUUCGAGAAGGCCAGGAAGGAUCGCAAGAUAUGGAAAGGGAUCAUCUUUGCGCAUGCUGGUGCGUUGACUGUGCAGAUGAUUCUUACUCUUACGUCUUGCUUUUUGAGCUUCGGUCCCCAGGUGGCUUUGUUUCAGAUUCUUAAGACGCUUGAAUUGCGCGAUACUCCGUAUUGGAAUGCUGGGGCGUCGUAUCUGUGGGUGUUGGCGCUGGGCGGAUUGAUGUUUAUUUCGUCCAGUGUUGAGGCUUGGUUGUUUUGGGUUAUUUAUUCUCGAAUUGGUGUGCCGAUUUAUGCCGAGUUGUCUGCGGUUAUCUUUGCCAAGGCUAUGCGUCGGAAAGAUGCGAAGCAUACAAAGAAAUCCAGUGCGAAGAAUGGGUCUGAUACUCCAACCACUGGAGCAGAGGCUGAGCAGGAAGCCGAGGAAGAUGCAGAAGAGGCGCUCAAGAAGAGCCGGCAGAGUAUUAUCAACCUUGCGGCUGUGGACGCGCGACGAAUCUCCGACUUCGCUGCUUUCAACUAUAUCAUUCCCCUCGCGAUCAUUAAGAUUAUCAUCGGUUGCGGAUUCCUUGUUCAAAUUCUCGGCUGGCGAAGCACCUUUGCCGGUCUUGCUAUAUCCGCCCUUGUUACGCCGUUGAACAUCUACGCCGCUAGAAAAUACUCGAAUGCCCAAGAUCGAUUGAUGAAGUUCCGCGACCAAAAGCUGGCUAUCGUCACAGAGGUGCUGCAAGGAAUUCGGCAGAUCAAGUUCUCUGCAUUGGAAGAACAAUGGCAGACACGGGUACAAGAGACGCGAGAGACAGAGCUGGGCGCAUUAUGGGCUGCGUUCUUAGCCGAUAUUGGCCUGAUUUCGAUCUGGAUUCUGGGUCCUGUCGGGCUGUCUGCCGUCUCCUUGGCUACAUAUGCCAUGAUCCAUGGCGGGUUGACAGCCUCUGUGGCUUUUACAGCCAUGUCCGUUUUCAGUUCGCUGGAGAUGGCACUGGCUGUUCUACCUGAGCUUACGUCUGUUGGUCUUGAGGCCAAGGUCAGCGCCGAUCGAAUCGAUAAGUUCAUGGCUACCUCGGAGAAAAUUGUCAACACCGUUCCUGCGGAGUAUAUCGCCUUCGAAAAUGCCUCUGUUGCAUGGCCUGCCGAGGCAGAUGCACAGGAUAACGAAGAUAGGUUCGUCCUCCGCGAUAUGAACUUGAAAUUCCCGACAAAAAGUCUGAGCGUGGUAUCUGGUCGCACAGGCUCAGGAAAGAGUCUGCUUCUCUCAUCUAUUCUCGGUGAAUGUGAUGUGGUCGGUGGAACGGUCAAAGCACCUGUUCCACCACCCAUCAGGGAGCGCUACGACCGUCUCGCAACAAAGGCCAACUGGAUCAUCGACUCGGCUAUUGCAUAUGUUGCGCAGAUCCCAUGGAUUGAAAAUGCAACAAUCAAGGAGAAUGUGUUGUAUGGAUUACCUGACGAUGCAGAACGCUACAAAAAGGUCAUCUUCGCUUGUGCUCUGGAGAAAGACUUCGAAAUGCUGCCUGAUGGUGACCUGACUGAUAUCGGUGCCAAUGGUGUGAACUUGAGUGGUGGUCAGCGCUGGCGUAUUUCCUUUGCUCGGGCAUUGUACUCCCGAGCUGGGAUCCUAAUCAUGGAUGAUAUCUUCAGUGCUUUGGAUGCACACACUGGCCGUCACGUCUACGAGCAUGCACUCACUGGUGAGCUUGGACAGGGUCGAACCCGCGUCCUGGUUACUCACCAUGUUGCGCUUUGUCUUCCUCUCACGGAUUACUCUGUUCUGUUGGAGAAUGGACGCAUCAAGUACGCAGGUACCAUUGAUGAUCUCAAAGAAUCGCAUCAUCUGGAGGAUAUCCUUCGUGAGGAGCGUGCUGCCGAAGAGGCAGAUAAUGCUUUGGUUGAUGAUGAAAGUCAUGAUUUCUUGAAUGAUGAGGAGACAAACCUACAGAAGGUUAUGUCUAAUACUUCUCAUAGACGGCCGAGUGCGGCUGCUAAUGGUCAUACUAAUGGCCAUGCUUCCAAUGGAAAUGGGAAUGCACCAGAGAACGCUUCUGCACCGAAAAAGUUUGUCGAGGAUGAGAAGCGCGAGAUUGGCUCUGUGCGACUUGCGAUUUAUGGUGCUUUCUUGGGUAUGGGUGGCUCGGUGGCAUACUGGAUCAUGACUGUGUCUGUCUUUUUGAUAUUUGCGGCCCUCAUGGUUGGACGAGCUUGGUGGAUCAAUAUCUGGACAAGAUCAUCGUCGAGCAGUACUCAAGCCCACCCUGAGCAGUACCAAGUACUACUACAGCACACCAUGCAGCCGACACCACCCCCACAGGACGACAGCCUUGCCAUGUAUCUCGGAAUCUACGUUGCACUCUCCGUCAUUGCAUGCAUCGCCGGAUCAGUCCGAUACUAUUUCGUUCUCCGCGCAGCAGUGCAAGCCUCAAGAAACCUAUUCAACGGCCUAAUCUUCGCCGUCCUCCGCGCACCACUCCGAUGGCUCGACACAGUCCCACUAGGACGAAUCCUCAAUCGCUUCACAGCAGAUUUCCACUCGCUCGACUCCCGAAUCGGCUACGACAUCGGCUUCUUUGUCGGCAAGAUCCUGGAGGUCCUGGGAAUUAUGAUAGCAGGAAUGCUCGUAUCACCAGUGGUGAUAGUAUUCGCCGCGGUCCUCCUACUGAUAUGCCUAAAGCUAUCCCUGACCUACCUAGCAGGCGCGCGCCAGAUCAAAAGACUAGAAAGCACAGCCAAGAGCCCCGUCUUUGAACAAUUCGGCUCGAGUCUCGCGGGUCUGAUCACAAUCCGCGCCUUCAGCAAACCGGACACAUACAUCGAAAUCAUGUACAGCAAGAUCAACCGCCAUGCCCAAGCUUGGUGGAACCUCUGGCUCUUCAACCGCUGGCUAGGCUUCCGCAUGAACGUCGUCGGUGCAAUCUUCUCGACACUUACUGCCGCUCUCAUCGUCUACGUCCCCGGUAUCACUGCGUCCCUAGCUGGUUUCGCUCUGAGCUUCGCACUGCAGUAUAACUCCGCAAUCGCAAUGGCCCUCCGCCAAUACGCCAACCUUGAGCUAAACAUGAACGCCACAGAGCGCGUCAUCGAAUACUCCAACAUCGAAAUCGAAAACCAGGGAGGCGCAGACGCACCAGCCGCUUGGCCAACAGAAGGCCGACUAGAAGUCAACGAUCUGGUCGUGGGCUACGCACCAGACCUCCCACCCGUGCUGAACGGACUAAGCUUCGCAGUUGAAAAGAACCAGCGCGUAGGCGUGGUUGGACGCACAGGCGCCGGCAAAUCAUCAUUAACGCUCGCACUAUUCCGCUUCCUGGAGGCGAGAUCCGGUGAAAUCAUCAUUGACGGAUUGGACGUAUCCAAGAUUAAACUGCACGAUCUCCGCAGUCGCCUUGCUAUCAUUCCACAAGACCCGGUCCUCUUCUCUGGCACUGUCCGAUCGAACCUGGAUCCGUUCGGCGAAUACAGUGAUACAGAACUGUACGAUGCACUAGCGCGCGUGCAUCUCAUUUCCGAAGCUGACGAUGACGAGUUAACACUCACGUCACGGACUGCCUCACCCCGUCAACCUAGUGUUACGGGUGCUACGACACCCGAGCCUGCACAGACACAGAAGACGAAUGCGAACGCGUUCACAUCUCUAUCAGCGACGAUCUCUGAAGGAGGAUUGAACCUCUCACAAGGCCAACGCCAACUCCUUUGUCUAGCCCGUGCCAUCGUAUCCAGGCCGAAGAUUAUGGUUCUGGAUGAGGCGACGUCGGCUGUGGAUAUGGAGACUGACGCGUUGAUUCAGACGUCUAUUCGGGCUGAGUUUGGGCGCAACGCUACCACUCUGCUGGUUAUUGCGCAUCGGUUGAGCACUAUUGCUGAUUUUGAUCGGAUUCUUGUUAUGGAUGCUGGGAAGGCGGCGGAGUUUGGGACGCCUAGGGAUCUUAUGGGGAUUGAAGGGGGCGUUUUUAGGAAUCUUGUUGAGAAUAGUGGGGAGAAGGAAGUUUUGGAGAAGAUGAUUUUUGAGUGA